CGCUUUCUCAGAUUAUGUCCAUCUGCUUAUAAGUGAGGAAUCGACCGGGACCCCAGUCAGACAACCACACGGCGCUCAUCCAACACCAGCAGCGAUGCCUCACUCUUUGUCCCCACUGUGCGUCCUGGGACUCCUCGCCCUCUCCUCCGCCUGUUACAUCCAGAACUGCCCCCGAGGAGGGAAAAGAGCCCUGCCGGAGACUGGGAUCAGACAGUGCAUGUCUUGUGGCCCCGGAGACAGGGGCCACUGCUUCGGCCCCAGUAUCUGCUGCGGGGAGGGCCUCGGCUGCCUGCUGGGCUCCCCAGAAACAGCUCACUGUGUGGAGGAGAACUACCUGCUCACCCCCUGCCAGUCAGGAGGGAGACCCUGUGGAUCUGAGGGCGGACGCUGCGCUGCUUCAGGGCUCUGCUGUAACUCAGAGAACUGCGCAGUAGACUCUGACUGCCUGUCGGAGACAGAGGCCUCAGAUACGUCUGACGGCUCUACAAGGAGCUCGCCUGCAGAGCUGCUGCUGCGCCUGCUGCAUGUGGCCACCAGAGGACAGACUGAGUACUGAUAUUGUUUCCUGUGGAGGUUCUCUGCUUCUCAGGACCUGGAGGUGCAGAAUGAAGAUCAUUUGUGUUCAACUAUAAGCCUUGAGAUUUGAACCCUCAGCCAAUAAAAUGUCAUGUCAAACAUUUUUCUCUCUUAACCCCUACUGCUCUGAUAUUUCUGUAUCUAUGAAGACGAUCUAUGGUCCCAGAUCAAUCUUUAACUUUGGUAAUUGGCUAUUUUUCUCCAGAUCCUGGGGGAUGGGAAUCAAGACAAUAGGUAUGAAAACAGUAUAUUUCAUGUUUGUGCCUGCCUUAGAAAUGUAUAUACUAAUGCACAUACUGUAAACAAAAUGUUAUUCUAUGAGGGGAUCUAACCUCAGAGCCUUAUUUCAAACAAGUGAGUUAGAGCAGAAAACACUGUAAAUAAGUCAGAGAUUGCCACCGAUGUCCAUGUGAAACAGCUGAAGGACAAUGCUAGAGCAGUUACUUCUUGUGUAGUAGAAAUAUUGUAUAUUUAAAAAACAAUACAGAAUGUAUCACUGCCAAAACAC